GGCGAGGACGGCGGCGACGGCAGCGGCCGAGGGGGCGGCGGCUACGAGGGGGGAGCGCGGCGAGCGGAGGAGGCGGCGGCGCCGGAGGCCCGGUCGCAGAGGAACAUUGUUGGGGUCAGUGACUAUCGCCUGUUCCACAAGAUGAGUAACAGCCACCCUCUCCGUCCCUUCACUGCAGUGGGGGAGAUUGAUCAUGUGCACAUUUUGUCUGAACAUAUUGGUGCCUUGUUGAUUGGGGAAGAGUAUGGCGAUGUCACGUUUGUUGUGGAAAAGAAACGGUUCCCUGCCCACAGGGUAAUUUUAGCUGCCAGGUGCCAAUAUUUUCGAGCAUUACUGUAUGGCGGAAUGCGAGAGUCUCAGCCUGAAGCAGAAAUCCCUCUGCAAGACACCACUGCAGAAGCAUUCACAAUGCUCCUCAAAUACAUCUACACUGGGCGGGCAACACUGACAGAUGAGAAGGAGGAGGUGCUGCUGGAUUUUUUGAGCCUGGCUCAUAAAUAUGGAUUUCCAGAGCUGGAAGAUUCUACCUCUGAGUAUCUCUGCACCAUACUCAACAUUCAGAACGUCUGUAUGACUUUUGAUGUUGCCAGUCUGUACUCACUUCCCAAGUUAACAUGUAUGUGCUGCUUAUUCAUGGACAGAAAUGCUCAGGAGGUGCUCACAAGUGAAGGUUUUCUCUCCCUUUCUAAGGCGGCACUUUUAAACAUCGUGUUAAGAGAUUCAUUUGCAGCCCCUGAAAAAGAUAUUUUCUUAGCUUUGUUAAACUGGUGUAAGCACAAUGCAAAGGAAGAUCAUGCUGAAAUCAUGCAGGCUGUUCGUCUACCUCUGAUGAGCCUCACUGAACUUUUGAAUGUUGUGAGACCUUCCGGACUGUUGUCUCCUGAUGCCAUUCUGGAUGCUAUUAAAGUACGAUCUGAGAGCCGGGAUAUGGAUCUCAAUUAUAGAGGAAUGCUCAUACCAGAAGAAAACAUUGCAACUAUGAAGUAUGGAGCCCAGGUUGUAAAAGGGGAGCUGAAAUCUGCCUUGCUAGAUGGUGACACACAAAAUUAUGAUUUGGAUCAUGGAUUUUCUAGGCACCCAAUUGAUGAUGAUUGCCGUUCGGGCAUUGAGAUUAAGCUAGGUCAGCCGUCCAUCAUCAACCACAUACGGAUACUCUUGUGGGACCGAGACAGCCGGUCUUAUUCCUACUUUAUUGAAGUAUCAAUGGAUGAACUUGAUUGGAUCAGAGUGAUAGAUCAUUCACAGUAUCUGUGCCGGUCUUGGCAAAAGCUGUAUUUUCCAGCCAGAGUAUGCAGGUAUAUUCGAAUAGUUGGGACUCAUAACACAGUGAACAAGAUCUUUCACAUUGUGGCUUUUGAAUGCAUGUUUACAAACAAAACCUUCACUCUGGAGAAGGGGCUGAUAGUUCCCAUGGAGAACGUUGCAACGAUUGCUGAUUGUGCCAGCGUGAUUGAAGGAGUCAGUCGGAGCCGAAAUGCCUUGCUGAAUGGGGACACUAAGAAUUACGAUUGGGACUCUGGCUACACGUGUCACCAGCUAGGGAGUGGUGCAAUUGUUGUUCAGCUGGCACAACCAUAUAUGAUUGGGUCAAUACGGUUAUUGCUUUGGGACUGUGAUGAUCGAAGCUACAGCUACUAUGUUGAGGUUUCUACCAACCAGCAGCAGUGGACCAUGGUGGCUGACAGAACAAAAAUCUCAUGCAAGUCCUGGCAGUCGGUCACUUUUGAAAGACAACCUGCCUCCUUCAUCCGCAUUGUUGGAACACACAACACAGCGAAUGAGGUGUUCCACUGCGUCCACUUCGAGUGUCCCGAGCAGAGCGGCCAGAAGGAGGACGGCGGCGAGGAGGCCGGGGCGGGGGACGUGGGCCCCGCCGGCCAGCUCGACCCCCACGCCCUGCGGGCGCCCAGUCCAGGCCCGGACUCACGAUCACCCAACCGACAGCACCAAUAAAGGAGGCGGCCCACGAGGCGUGGCUCGGGUGGGCCUGGACGCGGGCGGCCCCUGGCAGGGCCCCAUGGCCGCCCUCCUGCCCCGGAGCGGGCAGCCUUUCUCCAGGGAGCGCGGGCGCCACGUCGUCGUCUGGGAUCAGCCGGUCCCGGGGGGAAGGCAGGUCAGGUCUUCCGUCUUCACCAGGUCCACCACCGGCCCCACCUCUAACCCACGCGGGGCACAGCACGCCAGGCGGGCGGGGCGGAG